AUGGAACUAGCCAUGGAUGUGAGCCGGAUCCUGCGGGAGGAGUUGACCUGUGCCGUCUGCCUGGGCUAUUUCACCGAGCCGGUGACCAUCGACUGCGGACACAGUUUCUGCCGGGGCUGCCUGGCCGGCAGCUGGGGCAAGUUGAGGAACUCUCCCCUGACUUGCCCCGAGUGCCGUGGGCCUGUCGAGCCCCGGGAUUUCCAGCCCAACCUGCGGCUGGGGAAGCUGGCGGCCAUCGCCCGCAGGGCCGGGCCUCGCUUGUUGCUAGGCCGCAGCCAUCCGGGGUACAAGGACCAGGACCAGGACCGGGAAGAAGGGUGGAGGGGACUGUGUGAGAGACACCAGCGGGCCCUGAAGCUGUUCUGCCAGGAGGACGAGGAACCACUGUGCGUGGCUUGUCUGGAGGAAGGCCGGCACGGCCCGCACUCCGUCAGCCCCCUCCAAGAAGCCGCCGACGAUUGCAAGGUGAAGAUAGAAGAGACUCUGGCGAAACGAUGGAAGGAGCUGGAAAAAGCUCAGCAAUUUCUGGCUUUGAUGAGAACCAAAGCCGCGUUGUGGAAGGAGAGGGUGCAGCACCAGAAAUUAACCAUCCAGAUGGAAUUUGAGAAAAUUCGGGGCUUCCUGGCCGAGGAGGAGUCGCGGCAACUUCUUAGACUGGAGUUGGAGGAGGAGGCGAUUCUGCGGAGACUGGAGCACAGUGAGAGCCAAAUAUCUCAGCAGAGCUCCGCCCUGAGGGAGCUGAUCGGAGAACUGGAGGAGAGGUGCGAGAAACCGGAUCUGGAGCUGCUGCGGGAUGUGAAGACCCUUCUGAGCAGGUCUGAGGCCACAGAGCUGCAUGUACCCCAGGACGUUUCCGUGGAGCUGAGGAGCGUGUGCUACGUGAUCGGGAUGAGGGAGAUGCUUUGUAAAUUCCAAGUGCCCAUGACGUUGGAUGAAAACACGGCCCACCCGUGUCUGGUGCUGUCGGAUGACCGGCUGAGUGUGAGCUACAGUCCCCAAAGGCGGGAUCUCCCGGAGAAUCCCGAACGAUUCGACCGUAGUCCGUUCGUCCUGGCCUCUAAGCGCUUCACCUCCGGGAGAUACUUCUGGGAAGUGAAGGCCGAACACAGCUCCGAGUGCAUCCUUGGAGUCUGCGAAGAGACGAGAGGCCGCAAGGGAAGCCUCGACCUGUCUCCUCUACACGGAUUUUGGGCUGUGACAUUGAAGGAUGGAUAUUGUUGUUCUUCCAAGACUCGUUUCCUCCUGAGGAGUUCCCCCAGAAUUGUGGGCAUCUACCUGGACUAUCGCGCCAGAAUGGUGUCUUUUUAUAAUAUGACCAACAGAUCCCACUUGUAUACGUACCAGGGCUUUCCUUUCUCGGGGCCUCUUCGUCCUCUCUUCGCACCUUGCAUCCGAAUGGGAGAGAAAAGUGUGAACUCACCUGGAGAGAUGAGCAGCGGGGAGGGGGUCCGGGACCCUCCGGAAAUAUUUAAGGGACCGAGAAAGACCAUCUGCACUCGGAGCUUUCCCGAGAAGGCGGAGGACCAGAGCAGCGAGGAUCGAAGCUCUUCUGGGUGGCGAGAAGAGCGUUUUAACUGCGACUCAACUGUGGGACUGGAGUGGAGAGAAUCCCAGGCCUCGAAGGGAUCCAGGAGGAUUGUCCUUCCUGAUAUUUAA